AUGGUGUGACCAGCUCUCUUGGAAGCCUCACAUGCCUCAGAAAGGUCUCUUGGACCACAUCCUGUUUCAGAGCCUCUUCUUAAGCUACUUGAGGAAAAUGAUGUGAUAGUUCUUAUCAAAAGGGAUUUUUCUGGAACAUAUAACAUCUGGGAAGAAAGUGGUCCUUUUCUCUUUUACAAAAUAGACAUUCUCAAACUCCAAAAUGCCAGCCAAGACCCCGAUUUACCUGAAAGCUGCCAAUAACAAGAAAGGAAAGAAAUUCAAACUGAGAGACAUUCUGUCUCCUGAUAUGAUCAGUCCUCCCCUUGGAGAUUUUCGACACACCAUUCACAUCGGCAAGGAGGGCCAGCAUGAUGUUUUUGGAGACAUUUCCUUUCUUCAAGGCAACUAUGAGCUUUUACCUGGAAACCAGGAGAAAGCACGUUUGGGCCAAUUCCCUGGGCAUAAUGAGUUUUUCCGGGCCAACAGCACCUCUGACUCUGUGUUCACAGAAACACCCUCCCCAGUACUCAAAAACGCCAUCUCCCUCCCCACCAUUGGAGGGUCCCAAGCGCUCAUGCUGCCCUUAUUGUCACCAGUGACUUUCAGUUCCAAGCAGGAGUCCUUUGGCCCUCCAAAGCUGCCCCGACUCAGCUGUGAGCCUGUUGUGGAGGAAAAGGCUCAGGAGAAAAGCAGCCGGCUAGAGAAUGGGACAGUCCACCAGGGAGACACCUCUUGGGGCUCCAGUGGUUCCGCGUCUCAAUCCAGUCAGGGCAGGGACAGCCACUCGUCCAGCCUCUCCGAACAGUACCCCGACUGGCCAGCCGAGGACAUGUUUGACCAUCCUGCCCCAUGUGAGCUCCUCAAGGAAAAGACGACAUCAGAGGAGUCCCUCUCUGACCUGACAGGCUCCCUCCUCUCCCUGCAGCUCGACCUAGGGCCCUCACUUUUGGAUGAGGUGCUGAAUGUCAUGGAUAAAAACAAGUAACAGGACACCAGCCCUUUUCCUCUGGGGUGAGAGGUACCCAAACUAACCACAGUCGAAGAGGAGAGAUUCACUGGCUAUAUUUGCAGUUGUGCCAUGGGUUUUC